AUGGAUGAUUCUCAGCAACAACUACACCAGACCACUACGCCUACAAAACCCCCAGAUAUUGGAUCUAUGCAAAUAGAUGAUACAAAUAUGCUUACACAACCUCCAACUUUCUUACAAACUCUACUAACUGAUAAAUAUCUUAUGCCAGCCCCAACCACGCAAAUACCCUCCUUAACCACUAUAGAUCUAACAGAUGAAGUUCUUCACAACCCUACUUACGAUGAUACUUUUAUACCAAUUACAUCGACUGAUAAAACACGAUUAUACGAACCAUGGAAAUACUCUAUCAUCGUUAAGAUCUUUGGCAAAAGGAUUACGCAUCAAAUCAUGCAUGAUAAGUUGAUGUCCUUAUGGAAACCUACAGAGGCUCUCCCCCUCAUUGAUUUGGGUUCUGAUUUCUUUCUCAUUAAAUUCCAAAGAGAAGAAAAUAUGCAUAAGGCCUUGCACGGAGGACCAUGGUUGCCUGAAUUGCCUACAGAGUUUUAUGACUUGGAAAUACUCGGCAGGAUUGGUUCUAAACUAGGGCAACUGCUGAAAAUAGAUAUAUGUACAUCAUCAACUACACGAGGACGAUAUGCUCGUAUCUGUAUUGAAGUGCCUUUGGAGAAGCCAUUAAAAACUCAUCUAUAUAUAGGAAACCAUAGGCAAUCCCUUCUAUAUGAAGGAUUAAAUCUUUUAUGUACCAACUGUGGGAGAUUUGGACACCCUGCCAAUAAUUGCCCUGAAAGUAUUAGUGUCCCAAAAGAUCAAAAUGAGGAAAACAAACAGCUACAAUCUACUACCUCUACUAAUAACAUAUCUUUGAAGAACAAUGAAUGGAAACGGUAA